CGAUUAUUCUAGAAUGGCUGAAAUUUCAACCUUACGCGCUAUUGAAUCCUCUUCUCAUCAUCAAAUACAAAAACCCCCACCUCCAAAUUCAAUCCAAAAAAACCAACCAAAAAAUUCGAUUCUAUGGCGACGAUCUACUGCUGCCGAGAGUGCGGCGCGAAUCUGAACCUCCAGCCGGCCGAUCUCUUCCCGCCGGACUUCUACUUCGAGGCCGGCAACAAGAAGACCCUGUCCUUCGCCGCUGUGGACCCGUCCAAAUUCCGAUUCGAGAAGGAGGACAAGAUCCGCCCCUUUUUCGAGACGGUAAACUACUGGGGGAUCCAGAGGAAGCGCGUGAAGAUCAUCUGCAAUAGCUGCGGGAAGCUCGUCGGCUACGUCUACGACGACGGCCCGCCGUUGAUGAGCGGCACCGGGCAGUUCGGGUUCGGGCCGAGCCAGGCUAUUCCGAGAAACCCUAGGUAUCGAUUCAAGGAUAAAAGUCUGGCCGUUACUUCUCAGACUUAAUCGUGUUUUGGCUGAUUUCCGUGUAAAUGCUUCAACUUUUUUUUUUCUUUUUGGGAUUAAUUUUCAUCGCAUUUAGAUGCAUAUGUAAAUUUUGAGAAUUGAUAUUUUGUUUAUUGUUUUGAAUAUUUUUACUAGUACUACAUUAAUACU